AUGGCUGCUUGGGGGUUAAAAGAGGAUAAACUCGUCUGUAUGACUACGGACAAUGCCGCAAAUAUAAAGCUGCCGGCUGAGGUCAAUGGAUGGAUGAGGCUCCAGUGUUUCGGGCAUAGACUCCACUUGGCCAUAGAGAAUGCAAUGAAGGAUCCCAGGAUCGGCCGUGCAAUGGGGCUUUGCAAGAAGCUGGUCAGCAGCUUCUCCUACAGUUGGAAAAAGAAGAGGGAACUUGCAGUGGCACAGCAGCAGCUGAAUCUGCCUGAACACUCCCUAAAGACAGAAUGUCCAACCAGAUGGGGAUCUAGGCAGGCCAUGAUCGACAGGGUCCUCGAGCAGCAGAAGGCCAUUGCCCAGGUCCUUUCCAGCGACCGAAAAACCAGACAUCUCUCCUCACGUGGCAGGACGUUGAUGUACUGGAGGCAAUCAAUAAGUCGCUUAGCCCUCUGGUGGAAUUCACAGACGCACUUUCUGGAGAGAAGUAUGUAA